GUGGAAGUCCGACGGACACGUCUGGGCCGCGAAGCAAGCCUCAAUGCGAUUCCAAGAACAACUAUAACCGUGUUUCCAAAGUGAUCUUGGUGUGCCUAAUAGCACUAUGUUCUGUUCGCACAACACUACUUUUUUCUUUUGCAACCAACUUAUCUAGAAAUCGACUUGAGAAUAGAUCCGAAGCAAGGAAAACAACCGAAAGGGCGAAUUGGAGUCUUCUUGAAUCAGCCGAGACCAGCAAAACAAGGCACCAAAUCAUCCAAAGGCAUCAAAAUCACCGGCGGCUGAAAUUUAAGAAUUAAGAGUUGCGGCUACAGUCCAGUACUUGGUUCAGUAAUCAAGAGCGAGGACGAUUUGGCUGUUCAAAGUAUUCUCCGGUGGGUUUGCCGUUGGUUUCCCGCUGGUUUUCCGGGUAGCUUCAAGCCACACAGAGUACCAAACCUCUUAGGCUGUGUCUUGGUUUCCCGCACAGUCUAGUACUUCACAUAUUCUUGGCUCUCCAGACUGUAUACUCCGCAUUCUAUACUCCACGUUCUCCAGGUUUUCAUUUCAUUAGACUGAUCAGGUCAGGUCUCGCCAACGCCCGCAGAACCUCAUGGGAUGAACAGAAUGUCUCAAAACAGCAUAUAAGGACUUGCAAAUGCCACUUUCCAAAAAGCUCAUCACUUCAAUAUUCGAAUUUGAUUUCUUCAGUACUCAGGAGCUUCCCUACUCAGACAUACAACUCCACCAAGAUGUCUUUCAAAGAUCCCGAAAAUCCACAACAUGUAGAGACUCAAAUCCACAGCAUCAUCACAGAGAAAGGCCAACCCGCGGCCAAAGCCAAUGCCGCAGCCCGCGAACUCGCCACUGAUGAGAAGUCCAUGACAACCAUGCAAGCUGUUCGCGCAAACCCAGCAGCUAUCUGUUGGUCCCUCGUCAUCUCCACCUGUGUGAUCAUGGAGGGCUUCGACACCGCUCUUCUCGGCAACUUCUGGGCCUAUCCCUCCUUCCAACGCAAGUUUGGGAACUUCGUUGGAGUCACAGCUACAACGAAAAGUGGAUACCAGGUUCCAGCCUCCUGGCAGACUGGUCUCGGUCAGGCAUCUGGAGUCGGAGCUUUCUUUGGUGCCAUCUUCAACGGCUGGCUUGUCAACAGAUUUGGACCUCGAAUGGUCUUGAUCGGCUCACUCUUCUCCCUAUAUGCAUUCCUAUUCAUCACUUUCUUUGCACCAGAUAGCCCGACUCUCUUGGUUGGACAACUUCUCUGCGGUCUACCUUGGGGCGUCUUUGCAACCACGGCUCCAGCUUAUGCUUCUGAGGUCUUGCCACUGCAUCUCAGAGUCUAUAUGACUUCCUACACAAAUAUGUGCUGGAUUAUUGGGCAGCUCAUUGCUGGAGGCGUCCUUCGUGGGCUUGUAUCUCGUGAGGACAGCUGGGGCUACCGCAUUCCAUUCGCUCUCCAAUGGCUCUGGCCCAUUUUUCUUAUUCCUGCUAUUUACAUUGCCCCGGAAUCACCAUGGUUUCUCGUCCGUCAAGAUCGCCUUGAUGAGGCAGAGAAAUCCAUUAGACGGCUCCAGAGCUCCUCCUCUCGACAAGAUCCCCAAAACACGCUUGCUGCCAUUAUUUACACCAACAACCUUGAGCAACAGCUUUCAGUCGGUACAACAUAUUGGGAUUGCUUCAAGGGGUUCGAACUUCGAAGAACAGAGAUCGCCUGUAUGGUGUUUGCUGGACAGCUCGUCUGUGGAUCUGUAUUUGCAUAUGCGUCGACGUACUUCUUCGAACAAGUCGGCCUCACUUCGAAGCAGGCGUACUCCCUUGGAGUCAGCGCAAACGGACUUGCACUAUUCGCUUGCUUGUGCAACUGGUUCCUCCUCAUGCCAUACGUUGGCCGCCGAACCAUCUACGUUUGGGGGAUGGGAGCGAUGACUAUUGAACUUUUCCCCAUUGGCAUUCUGAAUGUCUGGACGCACAAACCAUCGGUCGCUUGGGCUCAAGCAAUCUUGACAAUGGUGUGGACCGUCACUUUUCAGCUGUCUGCGGGUCAGCUUGGCUGGGCACUUCCUGCAGAGAUCGGAUCCUCUCGCCUUCGGACAAAGACUAUCGUUCUUGGGAGAAACUCUUACUACAUCUGCGCUGUUAUCGGUGGUACUCUGCAGAACUACAUGAUGAAUCCGACAGCUUGGAACAUAAAGGGCUACACGGGAUUCUUCUGGGGCAGUUUUGCGUUGAUGACAUUCAUCUGAGCAUAUUUCAGGCUACCUGAGACCAAGGACCGAACUUUCCACGAGCUUGAUCUCCUCUUCGCCAAGAAAGUGCCGGCAAGGCAGUUCGCAUCAACCAACCUCGAGACCGUCAGCGACACCGAGGUUGAGGAUCUUACUGAGAAAUACGCAGAUACUGGGAGCCGUCGGGUGUCUGUUUUUGGCUCCAGCCGCCCCUAAGGCUGCCUACAGACUGCAGCAUUGAUCUUGAUUUGUUAGAAGAAGCUUUUCAGGUACUCACGUAUGUUCUAUCUGCUGGGUUUCUAGGUCUUCCGCUUGUUACGUACAGUUGACCUUGUUUCCUGGCUGUGAUGAUUGCCUGUUGAAAUCACUCGCUUAUUUUCAAAUUUUCGGCUGGAAAGCAAACAGUGAGCAACGAUAUUUUGUACUUAUCGCUGAGAUUCAAUGCAAAGAUAUCAUAUCAAAUUCCAAGCAUAUUUUGUCGCACAGAUGGGAG